AUGCCCCAAACACAAGAAAAGUGCGGCCCAGCGCUGGGAAUUGAACUCGACGGGGACAGAACAUUGUACUGGCCAGGCGACAUUAUAACUGGACAUGUUUAUCGACAGGCUCCGACCGUUUGUCCAACAGCGAUCGUCAGGAUUACGCUCCAUGGACGAGCCAAAGCAAAGAGUGUUGUGACUGGGUACCAAAACAGCGAAUUUCGCGGAGAAUUCACGCUCAUUGACGGUCCAAAAACUAUGAAGACUUUAUUUAGUGGGCCGAUUCAUAUUGCUGCUGAUGGCGGGGCACAAGACAAAUGGCCCUUCUCCGUCCCCAUAUCGCCUCGUGUCGAGAUUGGAGGAGACAGAUACUGCACGGAGAGCUUCCUAUCUAUUGAACCCUCCUCAGUCGCACAGGAUGAACUGCCUCCUAGUUUCGAGGUAACAUGGAAAAGCGGCUUUGAUGAAGCCUUUGUGGAGUAUUAUCUUGAAGCUAGUUUGAGGCUAGAUGCGAAAGGAUCAUCUAUUACGAGCAACAACCUAAAAAGACAUGACACAGAGUUGACCGUCUCUUCCUUCCAUCUUGAGCCCAGCCUAAAGAAUGCCAAGCUAUCCAGAUCCCAGAAGGUGAAGAAGGUGUUCGGCACUCCUUCGGUGCCGUCAUUGACUUUCAAAGUGGAGUCCAUCAAGAACCUGCGUGACGUGCCGCAGGCGUUGCAGCUUAAGAGCCUGCACAUCAAUAUUUGGACCAUUGUGGAGGUGAAAACUGAACAACGGCGGCCAGUGGGAGGCGGCGAAGUUGGUUGCCUGGACACAAAUAAAGCUCUCAAAUCUCUCUCCUCUCCCAUUGAACUAGAAUACACCAAUGACAGCCCCACGAUCGAUGUCGGCAAGAUGUUCAAGCUUGGCAUCCCACUAUAUUUUACACGUCCGGCAGACAGUUUAUGGGAUGAGUUCGUGCGCCCUGGGGUCGUUGCGUACAAUAUCAGGAUAACCAACCAGCUCAGAUGGGAGAUGGAGUUCAAGAUAGCUGGAGAAAUUGCAAAGGUCGAUGGGAAAGGGGAUCUCGAGGUGCUGUGGCCUCCGCGUGAAGCGUUUUUGCGCCCUCCGAUUGGUAUUCCAGCGGGCAGCGAUCAAUCUUGA